AUGGACGACAAGCCAGCUCGCACGAUGCCCCGCCAGCCCGACGUCGACGAGGCAGCACCGCGCCGAGAAACGGCACACGACAGCCAGACUCGCGAGCCCGCCGCCGCCGCCGCCACAACCGACGAUACAUUGCGCUACCACAACGUAGACUCGGACACGGACGAGGAAUGGCAUCUCCUGGACCUCAAUGACGAGGAGGAGGAAUGGCAGCUCUUGGACCUCAUGGACGACCUGGCCACGGAGCGCCACCUCGAUACCGACGAGUCCACCAGCGACAUUAGAGUAGUCGCCGGCCGCGACACUGCUCCGCCAGUCCCUCAAGGCGAGAAACGCCGGCCCCUGCUAGACCUCAUGGCCGAGCUGGGAAUGGAGCGCGUCGUCGAACUUCCAAGCGCAACACAGACACAGGAGGCUGGAAACGGUGCACCGGGCCCGCGGGUCGUCCUCUGGCGCAAGCGCGCCGACGCCGGCGCCAUCGAUGCCCCGACGAUUGCCCAGGUGCUUGCGCGGCGAUACCCGACCGCGCCAGCUGCGUGGCUCGAGCUCCGUGCAGCCCACGCGCAUGACCACGCGCGUGCUCGGGCGCAGAGUGAACACGGCGAGCAGCUGGCCUCGUCGGUGCCGGACUCGGAUAUUCCAGCGCAAGAACGGACGCAGCAGCGGCUCGAAAUAGCGUCGCCUCAGCAAGACACUCGUGGACCUCGGAUCGUCUGCUGGCCACGACUUGACGCAAUUGGCAGCACCAGCCUGGCCAACCCAGCUGCGUCGUCCUCGCAACCCGACAGUCUCAGUGAGGAGCUCAACGCGCUUGAUAUCAAGACACAACCUCUCAGCAUGCUCUCCUACGCUGAGGUCGCGGCUAGCCUCUCGCUCUCGCAGAAGAGCCCAGGCAAACUUUCAAAGCCCAACAUCUGUAACCGUAAGAGGAUGGCCACGGAAGAUGAUGUCCUCAACGCUUGCCUCUCGGAUCCCAAAGACUCUGCGGGCUGGCAGACGGCAUCUCCUUUGCAACCAGCGGUACCUCUUCGCCCGACCCUCGGUAGCCGCGGUGUCCGCGGUGGCGCAACGUUCGGUCUGCUUUCAGCUCGCGACCGCAAAAUUAUCCUUGACAUCGAGGCCACGGGCGUUUCGGUCAUCAACGUUAUUGGUGAAUUGACGGACAGCGUGUAUUGA